AAAAAAAAAAGAGAAAGAGAGACGAGGAAAAACAAGAACAAGAACCCAUAUUCAACAUCCUCAUUUUUUUUCUCAAAUUCUAAAUAAAUAUAUUAUAACAUUUUGAUUUUGGUUUAAAUUUCCAUAGAAUAUAUAUACAAAGAUUAGGGUUUUGAUGAGUACAUUCGAAAGCUGGAGAAGAGCCUAUGGAGCUCUCAAAGAUUCCACCACCGUUGGCCUUGCAAAAGUCGGCAGCGAUUUCAAGGAUCUUGAUAUCGCCAUUGUUAAAGCUACCAAUCAUGACGAAGGCCCUCCAAAAGACCUCCACGUUAGAAGGAUUAUCGUUUCAACAUCUUCUGCUGCACCACGAGCAGACGUCGGAUAUUGCAUUCAUACACUUUCCAGGAGAUUGAUGAAAACGAAGAACUGGAUCGUUGCAAUGAAGACAUUAAUGGUGUUUCACAGGAUUUUACGGGAGGGUGAUCCUAGUUUUAGAGAAGAGUUGCUAACUCAUUCUCGUCGGCGACACAUUUUCCAAAUUCAAGAUUUCAGAGAUGAUUCGAGCCAGCUUGCUUGGGAUUGUUCUUCAUGGCUUCGAAUGUAUGCCACAUUUCUUGAAGAACGAUUAGAGUGUUACAGAAUCGUGGGAUUCGACAUUGAAACCGAGCGUUUAACAACAGCUCCAGGAAUCAACAAGGCAUAUAGUAGAACACGACUCAUGAACAUUGACGAACUACUCGAACAGCUACCUGCAAUGCAACAACUUCUCUAUCGUCUCUUCUCUUGCCAGCCUGAAGGAGCAGCUUAUCAUAACCAUCUUAUACCACAUGCAUUAGCUCUUGUAAUCAAAGAAAGCUUGAAAAUCUACUGUGUAAUCAAUGACGGCAUAAUCAGACUCGUCGAAUUGUUCUUUGACCUGGGGAAAGACGAAGCUAUUGCCGCUAUAAACAUUUACAAGAGAUCUGUAAAACAGACCGAACAACUUGGGGAGUUCUACAAUCUGGGUAAACAUAUGCGUCUUUCAAUGAACAUCCAGUUUCCAACAUUGACUCAGCCGCCACCUUCGUUUCUUGCUACAAUGGAGGAAUAUGUGAAAGGAAUUUCUUCGAAUGGUUCUGAUUCGGAUAAGAAACUGGAGCAUGAUCAAGAUGUCGCAGAAGAAACCAUGGAACUUGCAACUCAAGAAAUCCAAGAAAUUGAAAACGCAGAGGUACUGCAAGAUCAAGAACCAGAACUGAAGCAUAUACAGAAGGUAGAGGAGGAAGUUCUACCACUCAUAGUCAUUGAUGAUGAUGAUCCUCCAGGUUUGGAUGAAGCAAAUCCAAAAAAGGUAGAAAUAGAGGAUAACGACGCGUCGAUAUUGGCUCUUUCCAUUGUUCAACCUGGUAUACCAUCAGAUCUAACAUGUUCUAAAACCGAAAACACCACAAGCUGCUGGGAGCUUGCGCUCGUGCCCUCAACAAGUAAUUACCCUAAUAACACCAGUCCCAUAUCACAUACCAAAAUGGGUGGUGGUUUCGAUAAGCUGCUAUUGUACAGAUUAUAUGAAGACGACAUGGCUAAGAAGCAAAUACAAACAGGUUGUAACCCUGGUUAUCAAUAUGGCAUGCAACACGAAUCAUUUCAACACCACCAUCCUCUACCACAACAAGACCAGAUGAUGGUCCUGAUGCAACAACAACAAUAUAACAUGAACCAGGUGUCAUACCAACAACAAUAUCAAGAGCAAUAUCACCAACAAUGUUAUCAACAACGACAACAUAAUAACAUCUUUGUUCCAUAUAAUCAUCAACAAUCGCAACCGUCGAAUCAGUCUGCACAACAAUCGAUGCCGAAUCAGAGACCGAACCCAUUUGGAGAUGGACUCGACUGUCCACAGGGGAAUCGUGCAUUGAUAUAAACUCAACAUGUUUAAUGUCCAUCGAUCCAUGCAUGUUUUAUCAUCACUACCAAAAUGCAACUAUAUGUAUAUAU